UUUGCGCAACACGUGCAGUGUGAACCAUAUCAAGAACGUAGAAUCGAGGAACAACAUGGAUCCAGUUCAGUCUAAUUUGACUAGCACAGUUCUUAAAGUUACUGAAGAAAUUGAGGGAAAGUUGGAUGAAGAACUAAAGGAGUUGGAAGAUACUGACAAACUCCGUGAGAGGCGUUUAAAGGAGCUGAAGGAGAGAGCACAACUCGAAAAAGAGUGGACAGCCUUGGGUCAUGGGCAGUAUGAUGAGCUGUCAGAUGAGAAGGAAUUUUUUAAUGCAACCAAGAAAUCAAAAAAUGUUGUUUGUCAUUUUUUAAAAAGUCAAAUAUACCUUUGUAAAGUGAUUGAGUACCAUAUGAGGGUACUGUGCAAGCGACACCUCGAAGCAAAAUUCUGCAAAAUUGAUGCUGCAAGGUGCAAGUCUCUUAUUGAAAGACUUGAUAUAAAGACUUUUCCAACUAUCUUAUGUGUAGUGGAAAGUCAGGUGAGGAGCCGUGUCGUCAACUUUGUGGAGAUGAGGCAAUGCGAAGACCAUUGUACCAACGCUCUGGAGUGGCAUAUUGCUAAGUCAGGUGUAUUGCUAUAUAGUGGUGACCUUAAUACACCUCCAGAUGUUCGUGGUAUCAGAGGCGGGAGUGAUGAUUCAGAAGAUUCAGAAGAUUCAGACUUUUAG